CUUAUUUCCCAUUUGAAUAUACUUGAUCCAAAGUACUACAAAGUAUUGAACAAAAUCAAAAUGAGUGAAGAAAUACGAAAUAGUGUGCACGAAGAAGAAAAUAUAGAAAUGGUAGUAGCUAGACGAAACACAGUAGGGGAAUCAAACCAGCCAGCAGUAGAUCGGCAAACGUCAAAAAAACCAUACGCUAAAUAUUUAUAUGCUUUGUUGGUCUUGGGAAUGAUUUUGGUAGCAAUUACCGGGAUUUGUUACUGGUAUUUCAACAAAAUAGAUGUUUCAAAAGAGCGGUUCCCAACCAAUACUGCAAACAUUAUUGAGGACAACGUAACCGAAAAUACAAAUAAGCAAUUCUCAAUAAACGCUACAAACAUUAAUGAGGACAACGCUACAAGCGAAACAAUUACGCCAUUCUCAACAAACGGUACUAACUUCACUAAGAAAAACACUACAGGCAAAAUAUCUACACCUUUCUCAGCAAACGCUACAAACAUUACUAAUUACAACACUACAGGCGAAACAACUACGCAACUCUCAACAAACGCUAAAAACCUUACUAAGGAUAACACUACAGGCGAAACAAUUGCGCCACUCUCAAUAAACGCUACAAACAUUACUAAUAACAACACUGCAGGCGAAACAACUACGCUUAGUAAAUUUCUUAAUAAUUUUAAUAAGCCAUUCUCAACAAACGGUACUAACUUCACUAAGAAAAACACUACAGGCAAAAUAUCUACGCCAUUCUCAACAAACGCUACAAACUUUACUAAUUACAACACUACAGGCGAAACAACUACGCCACUAUUAACAAACGCUACAAACAUUACUAAGGAUAACACUACAGGCAAAACAACUACGCAACUCUCAACAAACGCUACAAACAUUACUAAGGAUAACACUACAGGCGAAACAAUUACGCCACUCUCAAUAAACGCUACAAACAUUACUAAGGACCACACUGCAGGCGAAACAACUACGCUUAGUAAAUUUCUUAAUAAUUUUAAUAAGCCAUUCUCAAUAAACGCUACCAACAUCACUAAGGAAAACACUACAGGCAAAACAUCUAUGCCAUUCUCAACAAACGCUACCAACAUCACUAAGGAAAACACUACAGGCAAAACUUCUAUGCCAUUCUCAACAAACGCUACCAACAUCACUAAGGACAAUACUACAGGCAAAACAACUACGACACGGAUUCAAUCUGACAGCUAUUUGACGUCAAGCGUCGCGAAAUCGCGAAACUCUCGUUCCCUUUUUUGACAGAAGCGACGCCCCGCCGUGUCAAAAGACGCGGACGAAAAAUUAAAUGUAUUUACUCGCUAGAAGCUAACUUUAAUAGAGCUAGAUAUACUUAAUAACUUAUUUGUAAUGUUCCAUACUAUUAUGUCACUGUUAUCCAUCAUUAUA